CAGCAUCGUCGCGGCUGGUCUUAGGAUUACACGAGGUCGAAGUAGUUAAUUCAGUGCUUAAAUUUGCAGACAGCAGGCGAGUUCAAAACUGGCUUCGCCCCACGAAUAUCCUUCUUCAGGAUUAUAAUGCAGUCUUUCCAGUUUCACACGUCUUUGGUGGUGCAACAAUGGAGACUGUGCCGCCAUUUAGCAGGUAAGCCAGGGGCGGCAGUGAUCAUCGACGGUGAGACGUUGGACAUCCCUCAUCUCGUCUAUGUUGCAAGGCAUGCCAGAAGUGCUCAAUGUGCCUCAACGGCAUUUGCAGAGGUUAGUAGGAGCCACCAAGCACUACUAGAUAGUCUAUCGUCGGGAGAGGUGAUAUACGGUGUCAAUACUGGCUUCGGUGCCUCCGCGCAUACUCGCACGAGUGAUGUGCAAGCGCUUCAACGUGUUCUCACUCGAGAAUUAAGUUAUGGGAUCCUUCCACCUGGUUCUCGCGAUGCUCAACCUCGUCGGCGCAGCGUUUGUGAAGAUCACCAUGAUUUCUUCGACCUAGCACAGGAGGAAGAGAGUGAAUCUUAUUAUCUGCCACUGACCUGGGUCCGAGGUGCUAUCCUCCUACGCAUCAACUCGCUGCUGCGGGGUCAAUCGGCCAUCCGCCCGGUUCUUCUAGAUCGAUUGCAGGCGCUGCUCACACAUAACAUUAUACCCAUGGUGCCCAUCCGGGGCAGUAUCUCGGCUUCUGGGGAUCUCAGCCCGCUGGCCUACAUCAGUGGCGUCAUCCAGGGAAAGCCCACAAUCCGCGUGUUCUCAGCUGCCAAUCAAAAGGGAGACCUCUACGCAGAUGAAGCCCUCGCUAGUGCGAGUAUCACUCCGGUGGACUUGACGGCAAAAGAGGGUUUAGCAGUUGUCAAUGGAACAGCUAUUUCCGCCGCCUGCGGUUCACUCGUGCUUCACGAUGUACAGCAGCUGGCAGUGCUCUCUCAAAUCCUCACAGCCAUGACCGUAGAAGCGCUGCUCGGGUCCCCAGAAAGCUUCCAUCGAUUCUUCGGCGAGGUACGGCCCCACCCCGGCCAGGUUGAGAGCGCGCGCAAUAUACGAGCAUUCCUGCGGGGUUCCGGGCUGGCUCGGACCAAAGACGGCAAAGACGGGGCCCUACGACAGGACCGAUAUUCGAUUCGUACGGCUGCACAAUGGCUUGGCCCGGUGCUGGAGGAUCUACACCUUGCCCACCAACAGAUGAGCAUCGAGUGCAAUUCGACUACGGACAACCCAUUAGUGACGCGCGAGGGCGAGUUUCUUCACGGCGGCAACUUCCAAGCCAAGGCUGUAACGUCGGCCAUGGAGAAGAGCCGUCAAGGGAUUCAAACCAUCGGACGUAUGCUGUUCACGCAGUGUCAGGAGAUGAUCAACCCCGCCACAAGCUGGGGCUUACCGCCCAACCUCGUCGCGGAGGAUCCCAGCAAGUCCGGGAUUUUCAAGGCCAUCGACCUCUACAUCUCCGCUCUGCAGUCGGAGCUGGGCUUUCUCGCGGGCCCCGUGAAUCACGUCCAGAACGCCGAGAUGGGUAACCAGUCGCUGAACUCAUUGGCUUUGAUCUCGGCCCGAUACACCGCAACCGGCGUGCGGGUUUUGACCGAGCUCACGGCCGCACACCUUCUCUCUGCGUGCCAGGCACUGGAUCUGCGGGCUAUGCAGCUGCAAUUCCUGGGCUCAAUCCGUGGUGAGUUUGGGGUGUUGUUGCACGAUCUGGUGCACAGUAUCGCGCCAACCGGUGAGGGUGAGACCGAUACAAAGACAUCAGCUCUGAUAGAUCUCAAGGAUACCUUAUGGGCCCACCUGAGAACGAUGCUCGAUUCUACAGUCACCAUGGACACCAAUGACCGCUUCAUUCAUAUAGCGAAGAGUAUGCGGGGGCCAAUACUCGACCAUAUAGACUUUAGUACGGCGUCCCCGCAAACGCUAGAGGCUCUACAGAGGUUCGUUGAGCGCAUGGCUUCUUUUCUCCAAGCUGCAUGGUGCAUCAAUCGAAAUGCCUAUAUGGUGCACGGGGACGCCAGUGCCGUGUUGGGCGUGGCAUUGAAGAAAGUCUAUGUAUUCGUGCGUCGUACGCUCGGGGUCCCGUUUCUAUGCACCGCACAGAUCUUGACACCUACUGCUGAGUCGAUGAAGACGGGUCAGCGACGGGAGGCGCCGACGGUUGGAUCCUACACGGGAGUGAUAUAUCGUGCUAUCCGACGGGGGGAGAUGAUUCCUUUGAUGACCGAGCUCUUCGAGGAGUGUCUGACGGAGCAUGAGUUGAGUGAGUAGCGUAGUUGUUCAUACAGUACAAACAUAGCGCAGAAACCAGAACCAAAGCCAGCCGCUACAUAUUUUGAUAACGCCUGCGAAUAUACAUUCGCACUUAGCCAAUAUACAGUCCAUACCUCAUCCUUAUUCGAGAAACGACAGCCUCACACCAAAUACACCCCUGUCUUCACCAACACCAUGCAACACAAAAUCCCUUCACCGCGCCGCCUUCUCCAAAUCGGCCGCCCACAGCGCCGCACCAACGGUAUUCGUAAAAGCCAUCACGAUCGAAGCGAAGGGGAUCAUUUCGAGGGCAAACGCAGCCAUGCCAAACCUAGGAGCAGAAAUGAUUAGCCCAUCUCAACCACAAACAACACCACCUCCUCCCUCUUCCCACUCCCCACACCAAACCACCCGCACCCCAACCAACCACCACAGAAAGAACAACCAGGAUAAAGGAAC